UUCCAGUCAAAAUCAAUUUUAGAGAGCACGGAAUACAGCGUGCUAACAUAUUACAUCGUUUUUCCUACUUUUCAAAAAUCCGGCCUUGCAUUGGUUGCGAAAUAUCUUGUUUGUCCGUAUAAUGGUCCUGUAAUUUUAUCUGUGAUAUAAAUAUAUGGACGGCUGGAGAGAAAAUUAAUAAAAAUAAUAAUAAAACAGGGGCGAGAUCAAUUUGGUGUUAUUAGUAACCCGCGUAAAAGCGGCAUGUUAACAGAGAUUCGUUGGGCAAUGUAAUAUUCAAUAUUGGCAAUUUUGAAACGUUUCGGACCGGACAAAAAUGUUCGAUAUUAAAAUUAGGCAUAAAAUUCUUCCAAUGUUUACAUUUCAGUUGAGAAAUAUGAUCCAAACAGACGGCAGAAUUCUAGGUAGCAAUAUUUUUCUUAAACAAUUCUCGCUUCUAUUCAUUUGUUAAACUCUAAGCUACUUUACAACACCACCGAACAUAAACGUGAUGCCAAAAAUAGACUCAGUAACAAAUGCUAAUUCGUACUGCGGAAGAAUCAGUAGCAUUGACGUAACUAACUAAAAAUUCACAUUAACAGCGUGCAGGGCUUUGAAAGACAGGCUGCAUGUCCUUGAAUAAACAGCUAUAUAUUGAGCGAGUUAAAACAAAGCCGGGCAUUCAGCAGUUUGUGAGGCAGCUUGAAACCUUUAGCGGGAGACGGGAAUAAAAAAAAUUAAAAGACACAUCUCUUUGUGUUCACAUCGAGGUUCGAAAAGAAGAUUGGCUACCCAAACUCGUUCACACCACUUAAUAAGUUGGGGGACUUGAGUACACUGUGAAUUGCCUUAAACUUGAAUAUGACUGGAAAAGACUUCGUUGGAAAUGCUUCUUCUGGAGAAAACGCAACAGCUGAAAGUCCCUUCUUGGAUCAUUCACCUAUUGCACAAGGCUUCAAAUGCGCCGCUUACGGCAUCGUUGUCGCGUUUUCCAUCAUCGGCAAUUCUUCGGUCAUAGCUGCAUUCAAACUGAACAUCAACAGUAAACUUCGCACAGUCAACAGUAUGUUCAUUGUGAGUAUGGCAGCCGGGGACCUACUGCUUACACUGGGAAGUGCACCGGAGAGAAUCACCCGAAUCUUGGUCAGUGAACAGUGGAUAAUUAAAGGAAACUUGGGGAUAUUUUUGUGCAAAACCACCAACUACCUCGAGAAGCUUUGCAUGAACGCUUCAAUCAUUCAUCUUGCCAUGGUGGCUAUAGAUCGGUUUUUAGUUGUGUUUUAUCCUCAUCGGAAGAUUAUCACGGUGAUAAGGGCUCGCCAAAUUAUAAUCAUGGCUUGGCUGGCGUCAGCUGCCUACUGCGUGCCUUUGUUUUACUACGCCAACUUGCUGGAGGAAAAUGGAAAACUGCUCUGUAAAACGCGGCGUUUUUUCACCAACUGGCGUAUUUGGUAUUUGCUGUUCUUGUCACUGCUUGUACUAACAUUGCUUCUUGUAGUCGCCUUGUACGCUGCGAUAACCAUUCGACUUUGUCGAGGUAGAGCACGCAAGACGCGAGCGAGGUUAAACAACCGAGUCCUUAAAAUGGUCGCCAUGAUAGUGUUCGCAUUUUACUGUUGCUUUCUUCCUUAUUGGAUUAGUUGGGUAUUUUGCUCGUAUUAUCAUAGCGACGUUAUCUGUAACAAGACUUACGUGUUCGUUGCAAUUUUUCUCCUGUACGCUAACAGUGCGGUCAAUCCCGCCAUUUAUUCUUUCUUUAAUGAGAAUUUUAGGGAUAGCUUUAGUUACAUUUUAAACAAGUUUUGCAGUUGCUCUGCUACUAGUAAUCAGUCCGUUUUGGUGGAAACUUACGAUGCCACUCCAAAAGGCUUGAAUAGCAAAAAUCUAACGAAAAACGAUGCAAAAAUCUUAAGCUGAUUACCGGUAACUCAAGAAAUCAACUGUGUGCGGACGUGUAAGAACAAUGGCAAAGAAAACUGACGAAAAUUUCCUUUCGGCGCCAAAUCCACAUCAAGUACAUCUGCAAUAUUAGGAGUGAGACGCUGAACUAGAAGAGCUGGAUAUAUACUCAAACUUUAAGAUAUUUUAACGGUAAAUAUUGAAAUGAUGAAAAUAAUGGUAAAACCUUGAAAUAAAGAAAAUUCAUGAUGAUUCGAUUUGAGUGUUUGUUUUCCAUGCGUUGUGACACGACGAGUUUUUUUAUUCAAAUAUUGUGUAUGGCAAUCAACAGACGAGGACAAAUUUGUAUCGCCCGCAAAUAGAACAUAUCCUGGGUACAAGAGGUUUUUUUCGCGCGCGGCGGACGGAUAUAUUUCGCUUCGCUUCGGCAGGUCACAGUAGAGACAUGACCGACACCGGAAACCGCGGAAGAAAAACCUCUGGCACUCAGGGCAGGAAGAACAUUGCUUCACAAAGGAAUAUAACGUUAAAGCAUCAAUUUUGUAACUCCAGAAUAGUGAAUACCUUUCUUUCUUGCAAGGCAUUUAGGGUGUAGGACAGCAAACGUCACAUGACAUACAUGUGAUUAAGGCAGCGUCCAGACUACGCAGGAGAAAUUUUCAAACGCAGCUUUAUUUCCACGGUUUGGCUUUCCGUCCAUAUUAA